CAUCAUUUAAAGAUUUUUUUUUUUCCUUCUCAUAUCUUUUUUUAGGGACUUUUUUUUAAAGUGCUGUGACCUUUGGAACUCACAUUGAUCAGUGAUUCAGUCAGAAAUAACCAAUUGUGGUGUUCAAAUUACUCCACUCCCACUCCUUUGCCCUGCAACCACAGGUCUCUCUAGCUCCUCUCCAACUUGUGGACGCUCAUCUUUGCAGCAAAAAUGGCCACAGCUGGAAAAGUGAUAAAGUGCAAGGCAGCAGUAGCCUGGGAGCCCAACAAGCCUCUGGUGAUUGAGGAGAUUGAGGUGGACCCACCUCAAGCCAAUGAGGUCCGCAUCAAGCUGGUGGCAACAGCAGUGUGCCACUCAGACCUUCACUUCCUUUUGGAGUUUGCGCCUGAAAAAAACUUUCCAAUAAUCCUGGGCCACGAGGCAGCCGGCAUCGUGGAGAGUGUUGGGCCUGGAGUCACAGACUUUCAACCAGGAGACAAGGUGAUUCCCUUUUUUGUUCCCCAGUGCCGAGAAUGUCGCUUCUGUAAGAAUCCAAACACCAACCAUUGUGAAAAAGCAGUGCUCGCUGUUGACAGAGAUUCACUGCAACACUCCAGGUUUACCAGUAAGGGGAAGAAGUUGCUACAGUUUGUGGGCACCAGCACCUUCUCGGAGUACACUGUGGUUAAAGAGAUCGCUGUAGCUAAGAUUGAUCCUGCAGCUCCCCUGGACAAAGUCUGUCUCCUCGGCUGUGGGAUCUCCACUGGAUAUGGAGCAGCAGUUAAUACUGCUAAGGUUCAGCCAGACUCCACAUGCGCUGUGUUCGGUCUGGGAGCUGUGGGUCUGGCUGCAGUCAUGGGCUGCAAGGCCGCAGGAGCAAAGAGGAUUAUAGCUGUUGACAUCAAGCCAGAGAAAUUUGAGAAGGCCAAGGUGUUUGGUGCUACUGACUUCGUCAACCCUAAAGAUCACAGUAAACCCAUCAGUGAAGUGCUGUCUGAGAUGACCAAUGGAGGAGUGGACUACUCCCUGGAAUGCACUGGGAAUGUGGAAGUCAUGAGCAGUGCUUUGGAGUCCUGUGUCAAAGGUUGGGGUGUCAGUGUGAUCGUUAGCGUCACAAUGAAGGACAGUUUCACUGCCAGUCCUCUUCAGCUCAUCGGUGGACGUACAUGGAAGGGAUCCCUGUUUGGAGGAUUUAAGGGUAGGGAUGGCAUACCUGAGAUGGUCAAAGCCUACAUGGACAAGAAAGUCAAGCUGGAUGAGUUCAUCACUCACAACAUGACUUUGGACCAAGUCAAUGAUGCCAUUGAGCUGAUGAAGCAGUGCAAAUGCAUCCGAACAGUCCUAAGUGUUUCUCCUCAAUAGGACACGCCAAACGCCUACAUUUUCAGUUUUUGUUAACACUGUCAAGAAAGUGAUUAUUCUACUUCAUUAUUGAAGUCACAACGAAUGGUUGUUAAUAUUUAUUGUAUAUAUAUGAAAAUAGAAGUAUGGUAUAUAACUCCAUCAAAUAAUUUUCUGUAAAUAAGUGCUUUGACACUUGCAAAAUAAAGUGUCAGCAAACUGACAAAGUUGUAUUGGAUUGUACGUAACAGUUUGUCAUAUUUCUGCAAUGAAUUCGAAUCAUCCUCUUUGUGAAACUACACAGUCAAAAUACCUUUAAAGUGAGUUUUUCAGCUCUGAAGUUGUGUUGAACAAGUUUUUGGAACCAAAUAUCUUCCAGAUAUUACAGAACUAUGUUAAUUCUUCAGAGUCAACAUUUGCUCCCCAGAAAUUAAAAAGUAAUAAAGAUUCUUUGUUCAGUAAAAUCAAUACAUAACAAUAGGAUUCUAUGCGUGUUCAGUACAAAUUUUAACCUAGACUAGUGAAAAAUAAGAGAUUGUUAAGCCUAGAUAUGCAACAAUGACAAACUUUAGCUCAGAGGCCUGAACUUUAAAAAUUAAUACCAAAAAGAAGGUAUUUUGAGCGGAGCUUUAGGAUUAUUGAGCAACAACUAAACAUGUCAGUGUUUUUUCAUCAAAAUAAAUAGCAUGAACAGAUGGAUCCCAGGAUUCCUUGUUUUGUUGUAUUUUUUGUUAAAUGUGCGCCCAUGGCUUGGUCUCCCAUGUCUAUUAACAAUUUUUUAAGUGUCACCGAAAUAUAGUCAGCUCAGAUUGACUCAUACCAGUCAAAUUCUGUCAAUGUUUGUUUAAUUUUGCAGGUAGUGUUGUAAUUACUCUGUUAGGAUUAACUGUAAGAUUUGUCCCUCAAGCCGUCCUUCUGUUUGAUUCCAGAAUUCGUAAUAAAAGAGGAUAUUACAGCGAA